AUGCCUUCUGAGAAUCACACCAUGGUGUCUGAAUUCAUCCUCAUUGGCUUCUCUACAUUCCCCCAGCUCCAGGCAUUCUUCUUUGUACUUUUCCUGCUGAUGUACUUGUCCACCUUGCUGUGUACCCUGCUCAUCAUUGUCACAGUCCAGAAUGAGCGCAAGCUCCAUACACCCAUGUACCUCUAUCUGUGCAGUCUGUCCCUCUCAGAAAUCUUCUACACCUUCGCCAUCAUUCCCAAGAUGCUCUCUGAUUUGCUCUCCACCCAAAGGACCAUCUCCUUUCUAGGCUGUGCCAACCAGAUGUUCUUCUCCUUCACCUUUGGCUUCAUGCACUCCUUCCUGCUUACCACUAUGGGGUAUGAUCGCUAUGUAGCCAUCUGCCAUCCCUUACGCUACGAAGUCCUCAUGAACCCCCAAAUCUGCAUCUGGCUGGUGGUCGCUUCAUGUUUAGGAGGCUUGGUUAUGGGGCUUGUGGUCACAGGUGCUGUUUUCCAUUUGUCCUUCUGUGGGCCCAGUGAGAUCCACCACUUUGCCUGCCAUAUGCUGCCCAUUGUAAAAUUAGCCUGCGGGGAUGUUUCGGUCACUGCCCUAGUGGUGGGGAUGCUGUGUUUCAUAGUCUUGUUGAGCUGCUUCCUCCUCAUCCUCCUGUCCUACACCUUUAUCGUGGCCACCAUUGUGAAGAUCCCCUCAGCUGAGGGCCGCCUCACAGCCUUUUCCACCUGCGUGUCCCACCUCACGGUGGUGGUGGUGCAUUACAGUUUUGCCUCCAUCAUCUUCUUCAAGCCCAAGGCCCCUCAUGUCCUCGAAGGGGACACCCUGAUGGCUGUCACCUACACCGUCCUCACCCCAUUCCUCAGCCCCAUCAUCUUCAGCCUUAGGAACAAGGAACUGAAGAAUGCCCUGAAGAAAACCUUCAAGAACAGUCUCUUCCCACAAAAAAAUGAGGGUCUAGAAGAUCUACAGAGACAUUUGUACUAA